UUUGGACUUUCUGGCUCUUCUAAUGUGCAAGGCGAAGAGGUGAAGAAACUUGAUGUCCUGGCCAACGAACUUUUCAUUAAUAUGCUGAAGUCCUCAUACACCACUUGUCUUCUUGUGUCCGAGGAGAACGAUCAAUGCAUUGUUGUGGAGCCAGAAAAGCGGGUAAGCCAAGCCCUAUUUGCCUACUAUUUUAGGGCAAUCCUUCUUUAG